AUUUUGGACAACAAAUUUCAAUUCCGAAGAAAGAGCAGCCACCAACUCAAGACGUUCCUACACGGCUACACCCCUUUGAUUUUCACACGGCGGAGACACCGAGCAAGAAAUUUCCAUCAUACACCCACUCUCCCACACAUAAACACACACAACUGUGUGUGAAUAAGAGAGAGAAAAAAGGAGAGAAUUGCAGGCUUGAUUUCAUUUCGAAUUAAUUUGAGUUUCAUUUCGCAUUCCACCAUAUCUUUCUUUUUAAUUGAAUUUCUGCAUCCAUACACUGUUAUAUGUGUAUAUACAGAAAAUUUUAAUAAUCAUUUUUAGAGAUAGGGUGACUACUGAUUGUUAUGAAAAUGGAAGGAUUCGUAAACAGAAAAUAAUGAAUAUAUCUGAAUCAAUUUCUGUUUGAAUUUCUAAAACGUAGAUCUCAGAUAAUUAGGUUAGAAAAUUAAUUUUAUAUUUUCUGGAUAUUUGAAGAUCAGAUCGAAGUGUUAAAGGAAUUUAGAAAGCGAGAAGAUUUUUUUAUAUUUCAAAAAGUUAUUGGGAAAAUGCCGGCUCCUGGGGAUUUGGACAGGCAAAUAGAGCAAUUGAUGGAGUGCAAGCCCCUGUCAGAGAUGGAGGUGAAAACUCUGUGCGAUCAGGCGCGGGCGGUUCUGGUGGAGGAAUGGAAUGUGCAGCCGGUGAAAUGCCCUGUCACUGUCUGCGGUGACAUCCAUGGCCAGUUCUAUGAUCUGAUCGAGCUCUUCCGGAUAGGCGGCGAUGCUCCAGACACUAAUUACCUAUUUAUGGGAGACUAUGUUGACCGUGGGUACUACUCAGUGGAGACUGUCACACUUUUAGUGGCUCUGAAGGUUCGUUAUAGAGAUAGAAUCACUAUUCUUAGAGGAAAUCAUGAAAGUCGGCAAAUCACUCAAGUUUACGGAUUUUAUGAUGAGUGCUUGAGGAAGUAUGGCAAUGCCAAUGUGUGGAAGUAUUUCACCGAUCUUUUUGAUUAUCUACCCCUGACAGCACUGAUCGAGAGUCAGGUCUUCUGUUUGCAUGGGGGUCUUUCGCCAUCUCUGGAUACCUUGGACAAUAUCCGAGCUUUGGACCGUAUACAAGAGGUUCCACAUGAAGGACCAAUGUGCGAUCUCCUGUGGUCUGAUCCCGAUGACCGAUGUGGAUGGGGAAUAUCACCACGUGGGGCUGGCUACACAUUUGGACAGGAUAUAGCUGCUCAGUUUAACCAUACCAAUGGCCUAAAUCUGAUUUCCAGAGCCCACCAGCUUGUCAUGGAGGGCUUCAAUUGGUGUCAGGAGAAGAAUGUGGUGACAGUUUUUAGUGCUCCAAACUAUUGUUACCGCUGUGGAAACAUGGCUGCAAUACUUGAAAUCGGGGAGAAUAUGGAGCAGAAUUUCCUCCAAUUCGACCCAGCUCCUCGGCAGAUUGAACCUGACACAACUCGCAAGACUCCAGAUUACUUCUUGUGAACCCUACCUGGGACUGAGCUGUUUGUAGUUCCUGCUUGCAGUUGUGUAGUAAGAGAAGAGUUGCAUCAUUCGGAAAGUAAGUCUACAUCAAUUCUUCCGUUUGGAGUUUGCUCAGCUGCUGUCUUGCCAAAGAUAUUUGCCGGAAAUGCGUAAUCUUUGAUCUUGUAUAUGUUUUUCUUCGGAGGAUGAAGGAUCGAAACAGAUAACAACAUCGUAUAUUUUGUUCUGUAAUUUGCAAUUUAUGGUAGGAAGCAGAUUUUCAGCCAGUUUUUCCCCCUUGAAAGUAUUUGCAUUUGACGUGUGCAUUGUGGGAAGAAUAAUGCUCCUCGAACAGGGGCAGCUGACAGUGUGGGGGUGGCAGGGUGGGAUUGGGUGGUGUGUGUUUUUUUUCCCUUUCUUGGAUUAUGCUAUGCGUACAUCAGGGUGUCCAUAACGAUGUCUAUUUUCCUCAUAUGGAGGGGAAUCCACAUCAAAUAAAAUAUAAUUUAUUCGAAGUGGAUUUCUCUCCAUGUGAGGGGUGGAUAUUGUUAUGAACAUCACAUUAUAUACAAUUAGCAUAUUCUUUUUAUUUUUUUUAAACUGUCUAAUCAUAUUAUUGAGCUUUUCAUUGAGUUUG